UUUGCAGAGAUCCAGGAAACCAGGCUCGAGGAAUUCAAUGCGGCUCGGUCGCAGUUUAAUGUAUGAACCCUGGAUUAUGCUGUUCCAGUUUGAGAUCACUUCCAGUGCAGGGAGCAUCUCAGUCACUCGGAGCCAGCUUCGUCUCUGUGGACUGACAUCUGUCAGCGGCAGACCGCGUGGCAGUGAGAUGCAGCUGCGGCCGGUUCCCAGUGAGAUCUAGGUGUGGUCGAAGCUCACGCCUGGAGCCUGGUGGUGAUACAGGGUCAGCGAGUGAGUUGGUAACCCCUCUUCGAGUGUGCGAUGUGCGGACCCGUUCACCCCCUGUGUCUGCUGCUCUGGAUCGCAGCGACAUUUGUAUCCACGACGCAAGGUAAAGUCGUAGCCACUGCCAACGUGAUCGCAGAGGUAGGUCACCCCCUCACGCUCGGGUGCAACAUCACCAUGGCGAGGGGCGAGACCAUCCACCAAGUGCGCUGGGUCAACAAGCACAACACGCCCGUCCUGGCGUACAGGCAAACCGAGCCGGUGAAAAUCAGCCACAAAGACAAUAACGUGCAGCUCGCGGCCUCCCACAACGACGCCAGCUACGUCACUUUCAACAGGGUGCGGGCGGAGGAUGAGGGCUGCUACCACUGCUACUUCGACGUGUACCCCACGGGCGCGCAAGAGGCCGUGACGUGCAUCAGCGUUACCAGUAAGGUGCACCUGGACGGAAACAAGACGGCCAUAAGCGGGAAGCAGGCCACCCUGUCCUGCUGGUACGGCCUUCCCGAGCGGGUUCGCCAGGUGCUGUGGAGGAAGACGGCCGAGCAGGGCGACACCGUCACCGUGGCGUCCUACACCAAACACGGCCACCAAAGGACAGAGGAGCAGUUCAAGGGCCGGGUCAGCCUGAGCCGAGCCGUGGGGGACACCCAGCUCACCAUCCGUCCGGUCCAAACGGAGGACGAGGCCUGCUACACCUGCGAGUUCCACACGUACCCGGACGGCACCAAGAGAGCGACGGCCUGCCUCACCGUUUAUGUGUUGCCCAAACCGGAGGUGAGCCAUGUGACCACGUCCCCGGGUGUCACAGAGGCCAACUGCACCGCCCAGUCCCGGCCGGCGGCGGAGAUCACGUGGGACGCCGGCGACGACAACCGAACGCUCGGGCCGCCCGUUACGUCCACGUACGUUCAGGGCGACGGCACGACGACCGUGACGAGCACGCUGCUCUUCCAGUCGGGGCUGCUCGCCGACAUGUCUGUCAAGUGCAUCGUGCACCACCAGGGUUUGGAGAAACCCAUGACAGUGUCCCUCAACACAAACGUGCCUCCAGCCAUGGUCAUCCUCCUCUCGGUGUGCGGCGUGGCGGCGGUCCUCCUCCUGUGUCUGUGCGUGUGUCUCUGCAAGUGUUUCAUCUGUACCGACGACUGAUUUGGAGUUUGGCGCCACCGCUACUUUGAUGAAGGUCCAGCGGAGCUCCGGGUCUGACCUAGCUGCUCAGCACCGUGCCCUGCAGCUCACUGUGCAGAGGGAGGGGAAGGGAAGGGAACAGGGCUGAGCCGCCAACACUGCUGGUUCUGCUCCCGAGAGCUAGUCCAGACACGGAUAUACUACGAAGUAAACAGAACUAAAACACAUUAUUUAAUGCUAGAUAGAUAGCACAUUUGGGAUAGAACAGUGACUUUGAUUGUUUGUGACGUUUCUUCUGAUGAGAAAAGAGUUUCGGAAAAAAACAAGGCUUUCAACCUUAAGUUGUGUAUAUGAGUAAGGUUGGACCUCAUGCAAUAAGUUAUAUUUUAGGUAGAUAAGCUGGAGAAAGUUUUCAAUUGAGCUUAAUCAAAACUGCUAGCUUUUCAUUUUAAAAUCUGCCCAAGCCAUGAAACUUUUCAAAUCUCAGAUCAUUCAUAACUAAACUACCAACAAUUGAAAGUGGAGUUGAUCGCGUACGCUUUGUUGCAGUUUAAUGAGGUAUAAUGCUCAGAUUUAACCAGACCUGGAAACAACCUCGCAGCUGUGACGAGAUUUUAACUGAAACACAAACAUAGAACUGAAAUAACCCAAACAGCUCUGGCCUCGGGUGAAAAUUUAGUCUUCCUACUGAGGCUAUACAAUUUCAAGGCCGUUUAAGGUGGCUGAAGAAGAAUUUAGGAUUGCUGUGGGAUGCCAACAUGGCCGUACGUGGGCUGUUACGUCACCUGAGAGCUCUUUUAUUUGUGGUGGUCAGAUAAAGGAGCAGCUGGAUUAAAAGGGUUGUCAUUUUGAAGUUACGGGAAAGCCAAAAGGAGCGCAGGGACUGAACUUAAGAUCUGACGUUUUGGUGAACCAGCCCAGUGUGAGUCAUGCUGGAAGGAUGGUUUGAGUGGGAAUGGUUUGUUAUGUAUAGCUCGAAUGUGCGGGACAGAGAAGGGCGGUCGACCUGUAACCGCGGUGUGAACGCCAUACCCGACGGCUCCGUGGCAAGAUGUGAACCACUGCCUUCAUGUUUGCACUGGAUGUGAGACAGACUGAAGACGUUUGCAUUUCUUUCUUAAUGGUUGUCAUGUUUACAUGUGUCUCCAUUGUUGUACAGAGGUGAACUGUAGGGAGCGUCAGUGUUAUUAUCUUUUUAUUAGGGAGAACGUUAACAUAAUCCUACAAAGGCUGUGUACAGUGUUAUUAAUUCUGCAAAAAGAUUAUAUAUUUUAACAUCUAAUUUUAUAGUAUCUGUAUAUAGCCCAUGAAGACGGUUUAAAUAUUAAUAAAUGCCAUCACUGAAGGUAAAUCAGCUAACCUCCUCUUUUAUUUUUACUUGAGUUUAUUGUUAGUCAUUUUGAACUAUAUUCACUUUUUUUUUCUAUUUGUAAAGAUCAUGAAUUGUUUGAGUUAGAGGCAAAUCAGCGCUGCACUAAGACAUAAAAAACUUUAUCUGCCGUUGUAAGAAUAUCUGAAUAAACUGAAAUAAAUCCUUUAAAUUUG